AUGGGUCAUGUCACUCAGGUGAUCCCAUCACUGGUGGCAGAUCACUCACUACAUUCACUGGUGCAACUUUGCCAGCAAGGGAGCAGUGAUGGGGUGACAUCUCGCUGGGUGGACCAGCAAUGGAGCAAUGCUGAAGGAGCAGCUGGCACCAGUCUGAUCUGCAUCUCUGUGGCUCAAGCCUUCGAUCUCUUCCGAGUGUUCUGGCUGUUAUUUUGCUAUUCACACAGUUCAAGGCUCAACAAGGGGGUGAGGGAGCAGUAUAUGAAGCUGCCCCAAAGGGGGAUGGUCCAGGUGACCUAUGUCUGGAUUGAUGGUACUGGAGAAGGGGUCCGCUGCAAGACAAAGACCCUGGACUUUGAACCCAAGACUGUUGAAGAGAUCCCAGAAUGGAACUUUGAUGGAUCAAGCACACACCAAGCUGAAGGCUCCAACAGCGACAUGUACCUCGUUCCUGUCCAGAUGUUCAGAGACCCCUUCUGUCUGGACCCUAACAAGCUGGUCAUGUGUGAAGUACUAAAAUACAACCGAAAAGCAGCAGAAACCAACCUGCGUCACACGUGCCGGCGGGUUAUGGACAUGGUGGCUGAUGACCGCCCAUGGUUCGGCAUGGAACAAGAAUACACUCUCCUUGGCAUCAAUGGACACCCAUAUGGUUGGCCUGAAAAUGGUUUCCCAGGACCACAAGGUCCCUAUUACUGUGGAGUUGGUGCAGACAAAGUUUAUGGACGUGAUAUUGUAGAGUGCCACUACAAAGCCUGCCUGUAUUCCGGCAUCAAGAUCUGUGGCACAAACGCCGAAGUGAUGCCAUCACAGUGGGAGUUUCAAGUUGGACCCUGUGAAGGAAUCGAUAUGGGUGACCACCUUUGGAUGGCACGCUUCAUUCUGCACAGAGUUUGUGAAGACUUUGGUGUUGUGGCAACUCUAGACCCAAAACCCAUGACUGGCAACUGGAACGGGGCUGGGUGUCACACAAACUACAGCACGGACAACAUGAGAAAGGAAGGAGGACUGAAACACAUUGAAGAUGCUAUUGAUAAACUAGGCAAGCGCCACAACUACCACAUCUGUUUCUAUGAUCCACGCGGUGGUAAGGACAACUCUCGCCGCCUAACGGGGCAGCAUGAAACCUCCAGCAUCCAUGAGUUCUCAGCUGGCGUAGCGAACCGUGGUGCCAGCAUUCGUAUCCCACGCCAGGUUGGACAGGAAGGCUUUGGCUACUUCGAAGAUCGCCGCCCAGCAGCCAACUGUGACCCCUAUGCUGUUACCGAGGCCCUGGUCAGGACAACCCUUCUGAAUGAGACUGGCAGUGAAACUAAAGACUACUGUAAGAAUUGAAUUGGGGGCUGGAUCCACCCAGUAGAUUCCAUCCAUUUUGCAUCUUCCACAUCAGUUUUUAGUGGGUUGGUCAGCUCAUCUGCAGGUUCACAGCCAAGUUGUCUCUUUUGAAAAAAAUCCUUCCUGAGUUGAGUCUGUAC